UGAAUUCUACAGAAAUGGAAAGGUCAAGACUGUCCAAUCAAAGAAGGACCCACAGAGGACGAUUCAAGUUAUCAAGUCCACUGUUGGAGGAACCAAAGUGAAAAUUUCUCAGAAGAAAUUGAAGGAGAAGCUUCAUCUUCCCAAUUCUGGAAAUGAAAUUGGGAGACUUCCAGCCAAGAAUCUGGAUUGGAAGACUGUUGGGAUUUCUAGGCAAGGUGAAGAAGUCAGUAAAGAGGAAGCAAGUGGUGUCCUCCUCCCCCAGUGCUGAAGCACCUCACACCCUUGCAGUGGUGAAUUUGGAAGAAGAAGAAGAAGUUUCUACACAAGGAGAACUUCAAAGGAAAAAGAAAAGAAAAAUCACUUCUCCCCCCACAUCUGGAAAUGUCAAUCCAGAUGAGUUGAUGGGAAAAGAACCAGUUGAGGAAACUUCUGCCCACAACCAGAGCCCUAAACAACUUGAUGAAGAACUUCCUCAAGUUCAGAGUUUUCCAACUCGUCAAACAGAUGAUGCUGAGAACCAAUUCAUGCAGCUCUACUUUGACUGGAGAGCUUGGAAGGUUGGAAACUCAGCAGAGCAGUUGUUAGAAUGGGACCAACAACUGAAAAAUGAGAAGAUCAUCAAGAAAUGCUUGGGUCUGCCAGUCAACCACUACUCUAAGCAAAUCCUGUGGAAAAGAAACUAUGAAGAUUUUCAUCUGGAACACUUGGCGACCUCACCAGUUUCAAAAUUUGAGGUUGACGAUGAAGAUCCUUCAGUCUACAGGCCAAUCUUUUCAAAGGCCACAGAAGAUCAGAUGGUCCUCACCAGGAAGCCUCAGAGGAAGAACCCUGAACUUGAGAUUCUAGAGAAGUCAGAAGAAAAUCUGGAGAAGUCCACUCCUCCAGAAACAAAUGAAGUUCAAGAAGACCAAGCUAUAGAAAUCCAGAGGAGUUCUGCAGAAGCUGAAAAGGAAGCUCAAAUGACUGGACUGGAGACCUCUGAAACUCCAGUUGCUAUUUUUGAGCAGAACAUUGAAGUUGAAGAUAGAGAUUCUCUUUCAAGGGACAUCUCAAAAUUCAUGAAUGAGACAGAGGAAGAAUCAGAAAAGACGCUCAAGAUUGAUGAUGAAGGAGCUGAGCAAGGAGAUGCUGAAUCCCUCUCUCUGCAACUCUUCCACAGAGCACCUUCUUCUCAUCAGGUAACAAACUUCCACUUUCACAGCUCUUCCACCUCUACACUUCCAGAUGAGGUACUGGAAACCUGGACAAGAAAGGUCCAAGGGUUGAUUGAAUCAGCCCUAGCGUCUCAGCAUGCCUCCUUUAGGCAAGAGAUAGAAAAGAUGGAAGCCAGGCAUAACAAGCUGAUAGAGAAAUCCGAAGAAAAACAUUGCUCCAAUCUCAAGGAGAUAAGCAAAUCGGUGGACAAAACUCUAGAGAUCAUUUCUCUAUUGAGUAACUCUGUGAGCGACACAAUGGAGGCGUAUGCAUCUGACUGUCAUCUUCAACUCAAAGAGGUUAAUAAAAUUAAAGAGCAGAUUGCAACAGUCACAGUGAGCCUACAGAAGCAAAUGUCCUUUCUCCAGAUGGACAUUAGGUCAGCCCUGGCAGUGUCUUCAGCAAAUCAGGUAGUAACUAAAGACUACUUGAAGGUUAUUAUUGAAAAUCAGAAGGAAGCUUUCAGACUGUUCAGACAUUUUGUCACCCCCACUGGCAAUCGCAAGAUGGAAGUAAUUGUCCAACACAACAGUCCAUCCCUGAUUCCAGAGCUCCCAAUUGAAGUCAAGCAAGGAGAACUUAUCUACAUUCCAUCGCAUCUGAACAUGACUGAUUUGAUCCUUGAAGCUCAGCAGAGCAAUCCGGAGAACUCAGCACAUCAUCUGUCUAGCUCAGGUCUAGAUGGAACGGAAGCUGUAGGAACCAUUGCCUCCCACUUCUCAAAUGAUGCCCACACAAAGGAGAGAUACCACAACAUCAGGCGCAUCAAAGAACAGUGUGGAAUCAUGCAAGGCAUUGGUGAGACUACCAGAUCUUCUAAACGCAAGAAGCACUGAAGGCUCUUUUCAUCAAACCAGGGGGAGGCAUGUGAAAACAAUAUUUUGUUUUCAUGAAAACACCUUCUUGUUUAAACAUUGCUUGUUUUGGUUUAAACAUUGCUCAACACUUCUCUUAAUUAUGCUUAUUAUGCUUGAUCAUAUUCAUUUUAAGUAUGAUUUUGAGAAUUAUCUUUAAAGCACAUACAUUCAGGGGGAACUUAACUGUUU